ACAGAGAAAGAGGGAGACUCUGUCGCGGCGUCAUCGUGCCGGACCGCCGCGCGUGAGGAGCCGGGCUGUCGCUGCAUUUCCCGUCGCAGAGGAGAGAGAGAGAGGUCGCGCGAUGUUGAGGGUGGGAGAUGCGGACCAGUGGCGCGUGCAGGAACGCGACCCACUACGCGGAGCUAUCGAUACCGUUUCUGCCACCGGCAAGCCUCGGUUAGCAUCGCCGGAGCUUUCGCCCGUUUCUGUCGCUGGGGAACCUUACUGCCGUCACUGGAGAACCUCGCUGCCGUCGCCGGAGAACUCUUCCGAUGACCCACCGGAGCUUCUGGCCGCCGCCGGAGCUGUUGCCGGGGCCGGUUCGAAAUCGCAGCUGCUUCGUGUUGUUAUUCCGAGCUGUUUAUGCUGCUGCGAAAAUGUGUGGGGCUGUGCUUUGAAGCUGCCUUUGAUUUCGAGUUGAGGCAAAAAGAACUUAUGAGGCGUUUGGAUUAUGAAUUUGCAUUUUGAGGUAGGGGCGCUUUCCAAAAACUAUAUUCUUAUAUACUGGAAUUAUUACAUAUGGAUACUGA